CUUACCAAUUUCAAAAUUCAAACUCGAUUACGAUUUACAAUUUACUAUUUACAUAAUUACAAUUUACAUUAUUAUUUAUUCACAUCAUUUUAUUCAGUAUAAUAUACUUUCUAUGCUUGCAGUAGGAACUGUAUAUUGUAUGAGCUACCUAGCCUACGAACGUUUGUAUAGAGAGUAGAGACUUAUCUACGAUUUGUAUUUUCAAUUUUGUACUAACUACUACUUUCUAACUGUACUAGGUUUGAAUCAUCUAGACAAGAUGAACGGAAAUUCGUCUCAAAAUAAUGAAAGCUCUAUAAGCACACCAUCAAACUAUACUCGCCCUAGUGUGACUACCAUUGACAUUUUGAAACAAGAAUUAUAUCAAACACAACUGCAAUUGAAAACAAAAAUUGCAUUUAUUAGUGAACUUCAAAAUGAUGUAGAGCAAUUACAAAUAGUUGAAGACGAUAAUAUUAAGUUGAAAUCAGAAAUUUCAACAAAAGAAUCAGAUUUAAGGCAAUGGACUGUAAAAUAUUCCAAUUUAGAGUUCAAAUUAUUAGACCAACAAAAAGACCAUUUAUUACAAAUUGAUUUGUUGAAUGAGCAACUAUCAGUCUUAAAACAUUUAAAAGAUAAACCAAAAGAAGAUUUACCAGUGAAUUUAAAUGAAAGUAUUAUAACAGAAUUAAAAACUGAGUUAGAUGAGAAAAAGGAAAAAUAUGAAGAGAUGCAAAAUAUGAUAAACAAUCAAGAAAUUAUUAUUAUGGAGUUAGAACAUACAAAAAAUAGAGCUAUCGAAGAAUUAGAAGAAUUAAAAAUAAAAGUUGAAUUUAAAACUGAUCAAUUGAAUGAAUGGAAGCAAAAAUAUGAGACAUUGCAAGAAGAAUGUGAAAUGCUUAGACUGCAACUCAAUAGUAUAAAUAACUUAAAUGAUCAUAAUAAAAGAGGAAAUUCAUUGUUUGCUGAAGUUGAUGAUAAAAGACAAGCAUUGACAGCCGAGCUGGAAAUGAAAAGGGAAAAAUAUGAAACUUUAAAAAAAUGUUUAUCAAAAGCAAACCAUGAAAACAAUCAAAUAAAGAUGGAAAUGAUGAGAUUAGAAAAACAGUUGUUAGAAACCGAAAGAAAUGAUGAUUUAGAAAAAUCGACUUUGAUUCAAAGUUAUAAAAAUCGUAUAAGCGAUUUAGAAGCCAAAAUAAGAGAAUUAGAUAAAAGACCAGAGACUCCACAAGUAUUGAAAAUAGACAAUUUAAGCAAUGAUGGCAUGAAUGUAGUUCUUCAAAUUGUGUCUGAUGUCCGAAAAGAGAAGAAAGCUUUGGAAGAAGAAAUGAAUAGAAGGUCAGUUAGGGAUAUGGAAGCUCGACAACAAUGUUUUAAAGGAGAAUGUGAAAUUCGACAACUUAAGAAAGAGAUGAGAAGAGACAAAUUGCAACUAAAAGAAUUAGAACAACAAAUUUCCGUAUUGAAAUCCAAACUGUCAACAUCCAAGGAAAACAUUGAUGAAGAUAAACGUACAGCAACAAAAGGAGUACGUUUUCACAACAACUGUAAGAUUGAAGACGGAGGCCCUUCAAUGAAACUAGUAAAAAAAAUUCCACAACAAGCUGUUUUGAAUACAAUUGUUUGUCCAAAAUUUGAAGAAUUAUAAAUAAAUAUUAUCAAUAUUGUUAUAUUAUUUAAUUAGUUGUAUAGCUGAUAUAUUAAAAAUAUUCACAUAGGAUCCUAAAAUUAAACAAUGUGCUUUUAAUUUUCAAGUAUUCAAGUAUUAAUGUAAAACAAAAACUUCUAUUUUUACAGCAUAAAUGUAUAAUGUUCCAGGAUCAUAAAUUUUUCUAUUAUAAUAAUCACUUUGUAAUAUUAAAUAAAACUAAAGUAGUUAUUUUUAUAAUAAAAAUUUGCAAUCUGACAAAAA